GUCUGGCACGCAGCAGGUGCUUAAAAUUGUUGAAUGAAUAAAUAGACGAAGUCUGCUUCCCAAUUUCCCUUCAGCCAGCCAUCCAUCUGUGAGGAUGUCCGCCCCCAGACUGGGCUGUGUUCCUCCGGGGUCGGACUUUGGCACCGCAUCCAGGCUGGCAGGAGGCUAUGCUCUUUGGUUUGCCUUUCUCGCGUUUCCAGCCCAGCCGCAGCUGAACCCACGCCCCGGGCGUGUCGCGCCGUCACUCGGAACUUCCCUGUCUCCACACGUUAGUCCCGUCCAGAAUCCCGGCAGGAAUCGAGCUUAAACAGCGAAGUCUCCUCGUACCUCUGGACGUAGGAGUUACAGGCUUGGACCUCAGACUCAAGCAGGUGACAGCCGGAAGACAAGAGGAAAGUUGGGAGGCGCGCCCCAGCCACGCCCCUUCUAUAUUUGGGUCGCAGCCCUUUAAGAAGCUCCUCAUUCACGACUCCGUCGGACCCGGCAGCGGAGGAGCACCAGGAUUGGUCAAUUCGAGUGUAGGUGUCGCUCAGCAGCAGCCAAUGGUGGGGUAAGGGCUGGUCAAGGUUUGCGCAUGCGCACCGCCGCCUACCUGCUCCUGGGCCGCUGGCGACCGGUCCGGGCCAGCCUGAUGGGCUAAGGGUGUGAAGGAGGCGGUGGGCGGCACGCCGCGGCCGGAGGGCACCGACUGCAAGGCCGCGGUCAGGGCGAGGUGAGAGCUGGCGGGCGAAGGCGGGCUGAAGUGGGAGCCGCGGUCCGUUAGCUGAGAGCAGGCGGCUCGGGUGUGGCGCAGGGCGGGCCUGGAGGUGGAGGCGGCCCCGGGCCCGCCCCGCCCUCAGGCCCAGUUAAGCAACACCGGGCUUCGUGCGGCUUCCCGGAGUCCUCGGUCCGUUCUGCCGCCGGCUUCCCGGAGUCCUCGGUCUCUUUUGCCGCUGCUCUCCGGACUCCGGGAAGAUCUGAGGAUUACAUCUAGACCUCCAGAGCCAAGAUUAAGCACUCCAGGAAAAACUAGGUGUCCUCAUGACUCGUCUCGUGGACCAUGUCCAUGAUCCUUUUCGCCUGUGUGGUAAGGGUGAGGGAUGGACUGCCUCUGUCAGCCUCCACUGACUUUUACCACACCCAGGAUUUUCUGGAAUGCAGGAGACGGCUCAAGACUUUAGCCUUGCGACUGGCCCAGUAUCCAGGUCGAGGUUCUGCAGAAGGACGUGACUUCAAUAUUCAUUUCUCUUCUUCGAGAGAUGUGGCCUGCAUGGCUAUCUGCCACCGCCAGUGUCCGGCAGCCAUGGCCUUCUGCUUCCUGGAGACCUUAUGGUGGGAAUUCACAGCUUCCUAUGACACCACCUGCAUUGGCCUAGCCUCCAGGCCGUACGCCUUUCUCGAAUUCGACGGCAUCAUUCAGAAAGUGAAGUGGCAUUUUAACUAUGUAAGUUCCACCCAGAUGGAGAGCAGCUUAGAGAGAAUUCAGGAGGAACUUAGGUUCCAGCCCCCGGUGGUUCUCUCUUUGGAGGACACAGAUGUGGCUAACGGGGUGGUGAACGGUCACCCACGGGUGCCCUUGGAGCCCGCUCCUAAUUUCCGAAUGGAACCGGUGACGGCCCUGGGUGUCCUCUCCCUUAUCCUCAACAUCAUGUGCGCUGCUCUGAACCUCAUUCGUGGAAUUCACCUCGCAGAACAUUCUUUACAGGUUGCACAUGAAGAAAUUGGAAAUAUUCUGGCUUUUCUUAUUCCUUUUGUAGCCUGCAUUUUCCAGUGUUACUUGUACCUGUUCUACAGUCCCGCCAGGACUACGAAGGUGGUGCUGAUGCUGCUCUUUAUUUGCCUGGGCAACGUGUACCUGCAUGGGCUGAGGAACCUCUGGCAAAUCCUUUUCCACAUAGGAGUAGCUUUUCUGUCUUCAUAUCAGAUACUGACGAGGCAGCUUCAGGAGAAGCAGGCUGACUGUGGAGUGUGAGGAUGAUGUUACGGGAAGAAGGGGUCCUUAGACUUUCUUACCAGGGUGAUCUGUGUUUCGCUUUUUUGCUUCUCAACUUCACCUCAAGUUUCCAUCCUUGAAGCUUCUUUCGACCAAAGGGUACUGAUCCCAAGAACUGGGAAUGUUAAAACAGGUGCGGUUGAAGGCAUCAGCUGAAGGCAUGAACCCAGUUCCGGUUUUGUGCUGAGCGUUACUGCAGAAUCUCCAGUUCAGCACCUUUACUUCAGACAGCGAUAUCUGGGGGCUCAUCCACAAAGAGCAUUGUUGGAAGAUCAAAAUGGAAUUAUUUUGGUCUUUUAAAUUGAGUGAUGCAAUAAACAACUAGAUUCAGUAACACUAGCUUUAGUAAUUGGCAGUUGUCUCUGAGGAACCAUUUAAAAAUCCGUAUCAGCUUUUCGGUCUAAAUGUGACAUGGUUAGUUUUUUUAGAGGGUUAGUACAGGGUGAAUUAAAAACUUUAAAAAGUGGUUUAUAACUAUAAGCUAGAUAAAUUUUGUUUACAUUUUUUGAUAACUUAGGUCUGAUAUGAUACCUUAAGAAUAUUUAAAUAUAUUUUGGAUAUAAAUUGAAUUUAUCAUCAUCUAGGGUCAGGACACACUUAAGCUGCAAAAAUGGCUAAGAAAGCUGAGUGUAUUUAACUUACAUAUAACCUUUUAUGGUGGUGGGACUAUGGGGGUACAGAAGUGUUUUGUAUUUAUUUGCAGGGUAUAGCUGAACAUUUUAAAAAUUAAUUGAGUAACAAGUGCUACUGGAUCAUAAGCUUAUAAGCAAGAGCAAAAAGGAGAAUUUCAGGAUUCCUUGCUGCCGGCCACAGACUGGAAUAGGUGAGUCAUGCAGAUCCACACAGAGACAUUUCACAUCACAGGUGGGACAGGCUGCUGUCAUCAGCUUUGUACAUGGUAGCCAAGUGCCUGUCAAUUGAAUGAUGUUGUUUAGUACUUGACCCUGUGUGCUUGUUCUCGGAAGACCUCCCAAAUCAUUUACUUCCCUGCACCUUUCCCAGUCUUCUUAAUUAGAUUAAUGGCCUCAUUUUUUUUAUGAAUAAGAGUGAAUUGUGUGUUAGCUUUUUUUCAAAGCUGUAUAAAGAUGUAAUUAACCCUGUGUUCUGAAAAGUUACUUUGCUUUUUCUCAUUGUCAAUGUUGACUGAUAAUAGUUUUCCAAAAUCUAGAUCUUAAUGUGAUCCCUUUGGUCUCUGGAAAUUUCAACCUGGGUUGUCCAGUACCAUUCAGGAGGCCACUUGGGGAGUUUGUCUUUUGGAUUGUUCUUGGUAGAAGUCUGGAAUCUGAAUAGCUCCACCACAGUUGCAUGGAGUACUUUGGGUUGAGUUAUGUGGUCUUGAUAAAUAAAAAAUCCUAUUUUGGCAGUUGUUAAAAGUCAGAAAUCAUCGCGAGAGUUAGUGAGUCGAUUGGGAAAGUAAGGAUGCCAUUUUAGGGAAUUCAGUUGUGCUUGGUCAUUGCUAGUGGUGUAUUGUUCUUAAGCCACCUUGGUGUCACUUUAAAAAAAAACACAAGUUCAUGUGACUAGGAACUGUGUUGGGAAAAUGUUGCCAUGGUAAUUUUAUUUUCUUAUAAUAGAAUGUCCUAUUUUUAAUCAGACAAUAUGUGAAAGCUAUAUUGGCAAAUCCUCAGAUGUAAACUUCAGAGUUGCCUCUCCACUGAUUUUGCGUCUGCUUAAUUUUCUGCAUAGCCAGAAGGUGAAUUUUCAGGCUUUCUGGGACAUGAUUUUGAAGAGAUGGUGAAAUAGAAUGGGAAGCUAAGGAGGAGAGACAAAUCUUUUUAUAUUAGAAGCACACACACAAAUCUUUAAAAGGUGGUUAGAACAGCUUACAAAGGUAUUGUUUUCUUUUCGAGCCCAUGUGCUUUUAGUGUUGCCUGGUGGCCCUGUACCCCAGAUACUCUGGGAUCUGAACCUGUGAUCCACAUUCAGCAAGGAGUGAAGAACAAUCCUUGCAGAGGAGCCCCUCCUGCCCUAAUGGAGAGGUUAUCCACACAUGGCUGAAUGUGGUCUUAAUCAAUUGACAUCUACACGGGGCUUGAGAUUUACUUUUGCAAACAAAAGGGAAAAAAAGAUGCACUCAACAAAAUAAUGAGCACAUAAACAUUAUCUAACUGAAAUCCAGCUAAGAGACAUCUCAGCUCACUGGAGGAAGAGGCUAAUGAUAGGAAAGGCAUUCUGGAGAUUUGAUCCAAGGGAAAUCUCAGGAUCAGGGUUGACUUGGUUCAGGCCUGGAGUUUUGUAGGCACCAGUGUCAUCUUUGACCUCACAUUACAGAAGUUACCCUCACUGCACCAUGGACCUUUGUUUUAGCUGUUCUAGCACCUUUGUUUUCUCAGUGGUUAAAUGCUCCCCACCCAACCGGCCUCACAGGGCUAGAUCUGGAAGUAGAUGAAACAGUGCUGGAAAGACCUUAACAGUGCCUUCUGGUAUCACAUGCCACAAGAUCUUGAGCAUCAGAGUGUAUAAUGUCCCAUCUGCUGUGCCCGGGCUGUAAUGUGGCUCAGUACUGUCGGGCCUGGUUUCCCAACCAAAGGGCUAAAUCCCAAAAGGUUCUCCUUCCACAAGAAUGCUAGGAGGAAACAGCUAGACUCUGCUUUUCCUUCCUCAGCUAGCCAUACUGUGCCAGGUGCCAUGCUUGGGUUUCUUUCCUGGGUCAGGACAGUUGCGGGCAUAUUUGGGAUGAGACUUCUCUUUACUAGAGGCCCCACUGCCUGCAGCAGGAGGAAGGAGGACAAGGGCUCCUGGUUUUGCUUCUUCAGCUUGCAUCCCUUUGAUCUGUGAAUCAAGGCCCAACAUUUUAAAGUUCUUCAAGGGGUAGGGGAAAAGGUGUUGGAAGGAGAGCUGAAGCUGGAACAUUUAACAUCAUUUCUGUCAACCUCACCUUGAACUCCCUGUUAUUUUACUAGGUGCCCCUAUUCAGGUCUCCCCUGCCUCUUUCCACCUUUUCCCCCCCGCUACUCUGGUCCUGGAAACAGAGGCUGAAAUUGGAGUCUCUGGAGAGACAGAAAGCCACCUUUAAUUGUCACUGAUAGGGUGGGUCCAGAAGCUUCAGAGAGGGAGCGGAUACUGAGGCCCAGCCCUCUCCCUCAUGUACCCCUAGGAGCUCCAGCACACAGCCAGGCUGGCUCUUCGGGGUGCAGGAGGCAGGGGAGAGGCGGGGAGUUGAGCUGGGGGCUGGCUGUCUGCUGAAAGACAUGUGGGGGCUGCUGUUUGCUAUUCCUGGAAGGAGUCGACCGCUUGUAACAUGCAGGACAGGCAGCCCUCAGAGAACCCAUCGCUCCCACAGGGCAGCGCAGGUGAGCAGGGGAAAUUUACGGCCACCAGAUGUGGCGCAGACCCCUGUUCCGACAUUGCUCACAUUCCAAGUAUACGUAUACUCCUGCCCAGGUACAGGGAAGCCCUAUGCCUGCACCAUGAGCGUUAAUAAUUGGGGGAAAAGAGAGUAGAUGGCCCUUGAGAGAUGAGGUGGGGAAGGAGCCCCGGUCAGCUGGUGCGAGGCCUGGAGGUCAGCUCUUCCACGUGGUCUGACCCCUCAGGGGGCAAGUCACCGCCUGUCAGCCCCAGCACCCUUCUCUGGGAGGUGGUGGUCAUGUCAGCCGGCUCCCCUGCCUGGCGCGCUGUCGGGAGUGUAAAAGCAGUAGUGGAGGGGGUGCCUGGUGCAUCCACCUUUCAUGUGCAGGAGAAGAAAGGCUUCGCGUUUGUUCACCCAGUAUGUGCAGAUUCUGCAUGCUUCAGGUAGCACCACACAGCACGUCUUCUGGCCUUUCCUGAAAGAGGGCCUUUAUGGUACUGUGGUGUAAAUGGUCUCAUGCUUUCACUCCAGAAAGGUUGUGGCCUCUCUUCCUUCCCCUGGACCGGCCUCCUGCCUUCCAGGCACAAAGCCCUUGAUACCAGUGGCAUGGGGUCCUCCGGGAUCCAGAGAGGCAGGUUCUCCUGGUUGGACCAAACCUUAUGGCUUGUUUCUGACCCAGAUGAGGAGAGCACUGAUUCUCCCAUCUCGGAGCAGUGGUGUCAAACUUCUGUUGCUGGGGAAACAUCAUUGGCAGAGAGCCUGUGGAAAAGUCCUGUCAGUAAAUCUGGGAAUGGCCGGAUAUGGAAACAUCUGCCCGUGUGUACCAAUGGCAGAGCUGGUGCCCACAAGCGUCUUUUAUUUAAGGCAAAAUUAUCAAAUCCAUUCUGUUCCUCGACCCUGUUCUUGAUACAUAUGACCGUCUUUAACCUUUCUAUGGUGCUGGCAUUGUUUCAGAAGCGUUAUUUAAUGAAUUAUUCAUAGGAUGUGACCCCCCUCCCCAGGAUCCUAUUUUGUUGAAUGGACUUCUCUAUUAAGGGCAUAAAAGAUUGAGGCUUAUUUAGCCAGGGAAAAACCAUUUCCUUCGUGUAUUCAUUUUGAAUGCUUGCUGUCCACGUUAUACAAGCUUCUUACUGUUUUCAUGCAAUAACAAAGAUCUAUUUUGAGUAAACAAUGAGUGUGUUUUAACAAACUUUCACACAGCAGUAAAGCCUAAACUUGUGUUAAUGUAGGUAAAGAAUGUUGUAUAGCCAUUUAUAUACUAUGUAUAUAUAAAUCAAAUGAGGUGGCUUCAGAAUGGGAAGAGAAUAAAUCUAAGGUGCUUAUUAA